UGUUAGGUCCACUGCCAAUGGUCAUCACCUAUCUGAUAACAAGCUCUUCCCCGAUUCACCAAAAGCCAAGCUGCCCUUUCCAGAAACCUUCCCUGAGACACAGGGGAAGGCCUUCACCACCUCCUCCUUCCAAUCCCGAGAUCUCUCUGAUUCAUUAGAAUCUAGUUCAUUCUAAUUCAAUAGUUCAUCAUGUGUGAAGAGCAAGACUCAUUUUCCAAAAACUGCCCAGGAAUGGCUCUUCUCAUCCUAAAGAUGGCUAACUAAUAAGAUGAGAAAUAAAGGAUGCUAAGAAAUUAGCUGUGGAUAAUGAGGAAGUAAGAUCAGUUCCAUGAGGUGAACAAGCACAUCAGAGAAGAUCCACAGGGCUGUUACAAUGGGAGGUGAAAAGCACUAGGGACUCCUGGACUUCCUUGCAUCACAUCAGGGACUGCCAGGAAGGCAUCAUCCACACCCUUCUUCCUCACUGAGCAUGAGCAGCAGCUGAACCAGGUGGAAAAACUGACCCUUCAGCUACAGAUGAUGACCAAUGACAGGCAUGAACUGCAUGAAUUCCUGGCCCAUUACACCAACAAUGAGUUGAACAACAGGCUGAAUUCUGAGCAUGAGAUGCAGAACACAGAGCAUAAGAAGGAUAUGUCAGAUGUGAAGAAAUUACCCAAGGAGAUUAGUGAGGCCUUGUACAAGUGCACGGAGCUGAGUGAGAAGACCAACUCCUACCGCACCCUCUACAGUCAGCUCCUGAGUGAACGAACUCAGCUGAAGGAAAAAGUGAGGAUGUUGAUAGAGGACAAGAGAAAGCUUCAGAGGGAGCAGAUUUUACUACAAGAGUCCUGUGAAGAGGCAAAGAGGCUCUGUGAGGAGGCCCAUGAGAAGAUCUAUGACCUCUGGACAAGGCAGCAGCAGGAACUUCAAAGACUUGAAGAAAAUCUUCAGUCCCUGCUGAAGCAGAAGGAGCUGCUCACCAGGCAAAGGGACUUGGCAGUAAAACAGCAGCAUCACUUCACUGUGUCCCAGAUGAGGUUUGAAAACCUCCAGCAGGAACUGGAGCAGACCACAGCCCAGGAAGAGAGCCUCCUGCAGAUGGAGCUGCUGAAGCAGAAACACUUUGUCCCAGCACCUCUUAGGAAAAUUGAGAAGGCUGGAAGAAGCCAGAGACACCUUGAAGACAUGACAUUCUACACUCCAGGUUCACGGCCUCCUCAGAAAAUGCCACCUCUUUUUAGCUGUGAACUCACUAGUGAGGCAAAUAUCAACCUACCAUCAGGCGAUCCUGCUACAAUCUGAUCCACAUCCAUUGGCUCACUAUUCCCAGAGAAAAGAUUGUAUCAGAAAUAGUAUGAGAUUCAGAGGACACAACACAAAUUACUAAGAACACUGACAUCCAUCAGCAUGUGACCCCAGAGAGGGGCAAAACAACAUGGAAGAGGACAUGUGGGUGAGCAAGAGUUCUUCUGUCAGCUUCCUAUCAAGGGCUUUGACAAGCUGACUCCACAUGUGAUGGAAAUCUGACAAGGAAGACUGUGUUAACGUCACACUGCCAUCCAGACAGACCACACCCAAAGGCAUAAGAUUCUCUCUAGUGCAGGGCUGAAGCUGUCGCCAUGUCAUGGGCAAGUGUUGCUGAAGAUAACUCUACAGAGAAUAAGCCAGUUCCUCACCUCAUUUGCUCUUCCGUAGGGAAAUUCUAAAGAAAACUGUAAUUUGCUUAAAUUUUUUUUGUUUAUAUGUUGGGAUAUUUAUGCAUUGCAUUUUGGUUUAAGGUUUUGUUAAUUUUUGUUAUUACUUUUAUUCUUGUCAUUGUUUUAAUAGUCUGCUAAGGCUAUACACUGUAUAUAAUGAUGCUGUUUUGAAA